AUGGCGGGUCGAGGCGGUGUUUAUAACGACACCACCACGAACACCACCGUGUGGGACGGUGUAAUUCCGCCGGAAUGUCGAUCCAAUCCUUCGAUCCUCCGUCUCACGGCCAAGCUCGAGUGGGAAGAAGCUAAAGAGCCACUCCACGUUGAUAUUGAUGUUAACAAGACCAAUGGUAUUGGACCGGGAAUGAUAUUUGCAAACCGGGUGGUUAACCGGUUUGGUCAGGUGGGUUUGGUUCCUUGCUCUAUAGGUGGGACUAAACUAAGCCAAUGGCAAAAGGGUGAGUUUUUGUACGAGGAAACGGUUAGGAGGGCGAAAGCUGCGGCUGUGGCUAGUGGUGGUGGCUCGUACCGGGCGGUUUUGUGGUAUCAGGGUGAGUCGGAUACGGUUGAUAUGGUGGAUGCUUCGGUUUAUAAGAAGAGGCUAGUCAAGUUUUUUAGUGACCUUCGAAGUGAUUUAAAUCAGCCAAAUCUUCCUAUUAUUCAGGUGGCACUAGCUACUGGAGCAGGACCAUAUCUUGACGCGGUGAGAAAAGCUCAAUUGGGGACAGAGCUUGAGAAUGUGCAUUGUGUUGACGCAAUGGGACUACCUCUUGAACCGGACGGUUUGCAUUUGACCACAUCUUCUCAGGUCCGGCUCGGUCACAUGAUGGUCGAUGCUUUCUUGGCCAUUCCCAACUCGGCUCGACCACCAUUCUAUUGCUUUUCUUUCUUUCUUCUCUUUCCGCUACUUUUUGUUACAAUAUUUUUGGACCUACCUUAA